AGUGAAGUGAAGUGAAAAAAGGCCGUCAAACUGCUUUACUUUUCAGAAUUGUUUAAAAACUAUUUAUUUUAUUUAUAGGAACAUAGCUCUCUUUACUCUGUAUAGUGUUGCGCUGAAAUUUCAACGGGUCAGUUCGUCGUGUAAACGCAUUGAACGCAUUAAACGGGAAAAUUUGAAAAUACAAAAAAAAGAGUAAUAAUGCCUUUAAAAAAGAAAGAUGAUUAUAUACCCAUUAAAUGUGAGGGAUGGAAUGGUAAAUUUGUCUACGCACCGGGCACAACCAAUAAUGUUUCCAAAGUUCGUCGUCACAAUCAAAAUGUAACGGAUACGCAAAAUUUCUAUGGCUAUAAUACGGAACCAAUUGUUUUGCCCACAUCUUGGGAUGGUACGUUCAAGAAGAGCGAUGAAGUUAUUAUUAAACCCGAACGUAAUCGUUCCGAUGAUACGGAAUAUUUUGAAUAUAAUACGGAACCGACAAUCUUGCCAACCACUUGGAAUGGACAAUUCGAAGUCGAUCCAAACGAUGUACGCAUCAAACCGGAGAGAAAUUUUUCCGAUGUCCGCGACUAUGCCGAAGCUCGACGUUUCAAGCGGGCUUAGAGAAGGGAAAUGAAAUUGAAAUUCUGUUUACGUUUACUACUAAUAAGUUGGUUUAGUGUUUAGUGGGUACCUGAAAGCUUUUAAAUUAUUUAUUAACCUAUGAAUUAAAGUGAAAAUAAAAAAUGUUUACAUUUUAAUUAAUUAAUUUUACGCCUAUGUUUUGAUGUUUGAAACAACUUUAAAUAAGUGUAGUGUAGGCUUAGCUUGCGCUGUUGCGCCCUCCAUUCUUCUUCUAUGGAAGGCAUGAAAAGGUAAUUUUUAUGUUGUUAACGCGAA